CAACAAGCUAGAAGAGCGGGCAGAAGUCGCCAGGGAAGUCUUAGGUAGAUCCUCGAAGAGAUUCUUUCGCGUCAUCAAGUAGAAGUGAGAGGCUUCGUCUCGUGAUCUGCACUACGACAAAAUGUCGGACCUCAGUUCGAAGAACAAACAAAGCGUCGCUAAGAAACCAAAGACUACGAAUGCAACAGAGACGAGCUCGCCCCAGGGAAGCAAAAGCCCUACAGUUAAGAAUAGAAGGACUCCUACUUGUUCUAAAUAUGUUGAUGAAGUAAUAGCAUCUGGACAACAUCCUCAACAUCCUCACUCUCAUCCAUGAGCACACCUUUCUCCUGAUACGACUCAAAUUGUAUAGAAGUACUAAGUGGAAUAUGUAGUCAUCUUAAGAGUAAAAUACAGAUACGCAUGGCCAAUUCUAAUGCCAGGAAAGUAGAAAACCUCCACCAUGGACAGCAGGAGCCUGAUAACCAGGCUCAUUAAGGCUACAACAAUAUUAUUGUAUCCUCCCAAGCGAGCAAGCAUCUUGAUUGCUCUAGUGCUUCCUUUUUUCAUGAGAAAAGGAACAGAUCUUGAUCCCGUAGCUUCGCAAGGGAAAACCGAAACGGGCAUCAGUCAAGAUGCUUCUUCUACAGAGAGAUGGAUCAUCAUUGAUGGCAAUUCUUCUAAGUAGUUGAGCAGGAACAGGACAUCGGCCUAAAAUGGACGCCCACUCGUCAGAUGUUGUCUCUCUUGGGGACAGUUUUUAUUAUUUGGGACCCGUUUUACCUUCUGGUUUUCUUUCUCUUAAGGCCUUCCUGCUUCUCUAGAAGAACUCCAUCGAUCUUGUCAUGAAGCUACUGGGGCUACAUCAAAUGCAUCUAGCUCUCAUCUACAACAAGGUCGUGUACAACUGUUAAAAAUUGUGGCACGCGGCCUGCUCAUGAUACAGCACUUCUUAUUACUUUCUAAACGGUAGAUCACUAUCACUAACAGAUAAUAGAACACAGUAAUACAACGGCCAGCAAUGCAUAGCUACUGACUUUUUCAUAACAAGGAAGAUGGAUUUUUCCGGGAAAUUCUAACUCUGUUUGGCUUGGUCCCGGCACAAAGCGGUGGAAUGUUAUGCGGAGGAUGUGUUAUUAUUAACUAGAUCAUUUCAACUACUGCACUGGCUGGCCUCAUGAGUAGACAAAAAUAGGUACGCAAGAGGUGCCACGGCAUAACAGAGAGUACCUAGUCACUUCUUCAGCGCUGCACAGUAGGCACGGUUCACUCUUUUUCAUCCCUCGAAGUAGAAAACCUUAGUUUAUUUCCCUUCAUGAUGAUGAAGAUGAUGAUGAAUAGUGGUUGUAUGCACACUACUUGAUUGAUUGAUGACACACUACUUACUAGAACUAUAGUGCUAACUAGGUAAUAUUAGUCUCUUCUUAGAUGAAGGUAUAUGAUGAAGACAUGAACAUCUUCAGUACCGUAAUAGAAUCAUCAUGAUUAGCGUCAACAUUUUUCAGAUUUUGUUGAAUCGUUCUAAAAAUGCUUUUCUGGUGGGUCUUGGAACGACUUGCCCUUUUCUGGUCCAGCUUUGUGCAGCUGCGGGUCGCGGGUUGUUUUUGCCAGAAUUUAAGGCACCGAACAACAGUCAACUUAGUAAUUUGUUAACUAAUGAGUUCCGAAUAACAGUCAACUUAGUUUUUUGUGGCCGAAUGUGCGCUCUUCAAGGUCGUGCUCUGUCACUAUCUCUAAAAAAAAGUUGUUGUUGCUCACCAUGUUGCGUGGUAUCGCGGAGGCCCUAUGGCGAGAAUUUGGCACUCCUAAAAGUGGCAGCGGGAAUCUUGGUCUUCACAACGAUUAAGAAGGACAGGUGUUGGUAUUCAUAA